CCCAGCUGCCCGAGCCGCCCCGUCCCUGCCGGCGGCCCGGCGGAGCGCUGCCUCCCCCUCCUCCCCCCUCGGCGCCCGUGGCCCGGCCGCGGCUGUGCCCUCCCGCUCCCCGCACGCUCACGCACACAGGCCGGGCAUUGAUGGUAAUGUAUGCGAGGAAACAGCAGAGACUCAGUGAUGGCUGUCACGACCGCAGGGGGGACUCGCAGCCCUACCAGGCUCUUAAGUACUCAUCCAAGGGUCAUCCCAGUGGUGGUGAUCACCGUCAUGACAAGAUGCGAGACGCCACAGAUCCUUCACCACCAAAUAAAAUGUUGCGGCGCUCUGAUAGCCCUGAAAACAAAUAUGUUGACAACACAGGGCACAGUAAAGCAAAAAGUGUGCAUACUCACAGAGUUAGAGAGAGGGAUGGUGGGACCAGUUACUCUCCACAAGAAAAUUCACAUAACCACAGUGCUCUUCAUAGUUCAAAUUCACAUUCUUCUAAUCCCAGCAAUAAUCCAAGCAAAACUUCUGAUGCAGCUUAUGAUUCUGCGGAUGAUUGGUCUGAACACAUCAGCUCCUCGGGAAAAAAGUACUACUACAACUGCCGAACAGAAGUUUCACAAUGGGAAAAACCAAAAGAGUGGCUGGAAAGAGAGCAGAGACAAAAAGAAGCAAGCAAAAUGUCAGUUAACAGUUUCCCAAAAGAUAGGGAUUACAGAAGAGAGGUGAUGCAGGCGACAGCUGCCAGUGGGUUUGCAAGUGGAAUGGAAGACAAGCAUUCCAGUGACGCCAGUAGUAUGCUCCCACAGAAUAUUUUAUCUCAAACAAGCAGGCAUAAUGACAGAGACUACAGACUGCCAAGAGCAGAGACUCACAGUAGUUCUACUCCAGUACAGCAUCCCAUCAAACCAGUGGUUCAUCCAACUGCUACCCCAAGCACUGUUCCUCCUAGUCCAUUUACUCUACAAUCUGAUCACCAGCCAAAGAAAUCCUUUGAUGCUAAUGGAGCAUCUACUUUAUCGAAACUGCCUACAUCCACAUCUUCCAUCCCUGCACAGAAAACGGAGAGAAAAGAGUCUGCGUCUGUGGACAAGUCUGUAUCCCAUACUUGCACAACUCCUUCUACAUCUUCUGCUUCUGGACUGAAUCCAACUUCUGCGCCUGCUGCAUCUGCUCCUACAGUUCCUGUCUCACCUGUCCCGCAGUCACCAAUUCCUCCAUUACUUCAGGACCCAAAUCUCCUUCGACAGCUGCUGCCUGCUCUGCAAGCCACCUUGCAGCUUAAUAAUUCUAGCGUAGAUAUAUCCAAAAUCAAUGAAGUUCUAACAGCAGCUGUGACACAAGCCUCUCUGCAGUCUAUACUCCAUAAAAUUCUUACUGCUGGACCAUCUGCUUUCAAUAUCACUUCCCUGAUUUCUCAAGCUGCACAACUGUCUACGCAAGCUCAGCCAUCUAAUCAAUCUCCAAUGUCUUUAACAUCUGAUGCCUCAUCUCCAAGAUCAUAUGUAUCUCCAAGAAUAAGCACGCCUCAGACUAACACAGUUCCACUUAAACCUUUGAUGACUACGCCACCGGUAUCAUCGCAGCAGAAGGUUGCUGCUCCAGUUAUUAAACAAGGACCAGCUUCACAGGCAGCACCUCCGCAGCCGGUAAUAGCUGACAAGCAGGCAGGUCAUGAACCUGCCUCUCCACGAAGUCUUCAGCGCUCAAGUAGUCAAAGAAGCCCAUCACCAGGUCCAAAUCAUACCUCUAGUACGAGUGCAUCAAAUUCAACACCUGCACCACAAAAUACAUCUGUACGACCCACUUGUUCAUUAACACCUACGCUAGCAGCACACUUCAAUGAAAAUCUUAUAAAGCAUGUUCAAGGCUGGCCUGCAGAUCAUGCAGAAAAGCAGGCAUCAAGAUUACGUGAGGAAGCCCAUAACAUGGGAAGUGUCCAUAUGUCAGAAAUUUGUACUGAAUUAAAGAAUUUAAGGUCUUUAGUUCGAGUAUGUGAAAUUCAAGCAACUUUGCGUGAGCAAAGGAUACUAUUUUUGAGGCAACAAAUUAAAGAACUUGAAAAGCUAAAGAAUCAGAAUUCCUUCAUGGUGUGAAAAGUAAACAAUUGCACAUGGUUUUGAGUACAGGAACUAUUAAACUGAUGCCCAGUCUUAACACUUUUGAGCUGCAUUUGAGUAGACUUUGGACCGUUGAGCUGGGCGGAAAAAAGUUGACAUGGGGAAGGGGACAGGAG